GAAAAGAAACAUCUUGACGCGCCGAGAAGGAAGAGAGACAGAAACGAAGAUUAGAGCGUGUGAACAAAGCGAGUGGAAUUCGCCAGUUUCCUGCCAGAUCCCCGUUUGCUUCGGCGAGUGAGCGAGUGAAGAUCCAACCCCCGAAGCUUUCCCAAAUUCGACCCGCUUCUCGCCCACUCGCGGAAUUCCCCACUCGCCGUUCCGUUCUUCUUCUCUGAUUCUUCACUUGAGGGGUUAUUAUGAUGGUCUGUUGGAACAAUAGGAGUUUCUUCACGGGAACAGAUAGCAAACUACUUGUAGCUAGACAUCAUGGAUAGAAAUCAAAAUUCGGGUGAAACAGUGGUGGAUGGUCCAGAAAAAAUGAGUGGUGGUGCAGUAAAUGAAAAUAUGAAUAUGGUUGCUGUUGCGGAAGAAGUGCAGAAUAGAGGUGGCGGAGUCAUUACUUCUCCCGAGAAGGACGUUCAAGUGUUUGAGGGUGAAGCAGAUUUUGAACCUUGUAAUGGCAUUGAAUUCGAAUCGCAUGAGGCAGCAUACUCAUUUUAUCAAGAAUAUGCCAAGUCUAUGGGAUUCACUACUUCAAUCAAAAACAGCCGGCGCUCAAAGAAAUCAAAGGAAUUUAUUGAUGCCAAAUUUGCAUGUUCAAGAUAUGGAGUCACUCCAGAAUCAGAUAGUGGGACUAGUCGUCGACCAACUGUGAAAAAGACAGAUUGCAAAGCCAGCAUGCAUGUGAAGAGAAGGGCAGAUGGAAAGUGGAUUAUUCAUGAAUUCAUAAAGGAGCAUAAUCAUGAGCUUUUACCUGCUCUGGCAUAUCAUUUUCGGAUUCAUAGGAAUGUAAAGUUAGCUGAAAAGAAUAAUAUUGACAUUUUGCAUGCAGUUAGUGAACGGACAAGAAAGAUGUAUGUUGAAAUGUCUAGACACUCUGGUGGGUACCAAAGUACUGGGUUUCCUCAGGCUGACACAAACUAUCAGUUUGAUAAGUGCCGGGACUUGAGUCUGGAUUUGGGAGAUGCUCAGGUAAUGCUUGAAUACUUUAAGCGUAUCCAGAAGGAGAAUCCUAACUUCUUCUAUGCUAUAGAUUUGAAUGAAGAGCAGCGUCUGAGAAAUUUGUUUUGGGUUGAUGCAAAAAGUCGGAGUGAUUACAAGAGUUUUAAUGAUGUUGUCUCUUUUGAUACUUCUUACAUCAAAAUAAACGAUAAGUUGCCAUUUGCUCCUUUUGUUGGGGUGAACAACCACUUUCAGUCAAUGUUGCUUGGUUGUGCAUUGGUUGCUGAUGAUACAAAAUCAACAUUUGUAUGGUUGUUGAAGACAUGGCUUAGAGCAAUGGGUGGGCAAGGUCCUAAAGUGAUUAUCACUGAUCAAGACCAAACCCUGAAGGCAGCAAUUGGCGAAGUCUUUCCAGAUGCACGUCACUGCUUUUCACUUUGGAGUAUACUGGAAAAGAUCCCUGAAACUCUUGCUCAUGUAAUCAAACGGCACGACAAUUUCCUGUCUAAGUUUAACGAAUGCAUUUUCAAGUCCUCGACAGAUGAACAAUUUGUCCUUAGAUGGUGGGAGAUGGUUAAUAGUUUUGAACUUCAAGAUGACGAAUGGAUCCGAUUGCUGUAUGAUGAUCGUAAUAGAUGGGUGCCUACUUAUAUAGGAGAUACUUUUUUAGCUGGAAUGUGCACACCUCAGCGUUCUGAAAGUAUGAACUCUUUCUUCGAUAAAUACAUACACAAGAAAAUUAGUCUGAGAGAAUUUGUGAAACAAUAUGGAACAAUUCUGCAAAAUAGGUAUGAAGAGGAAUCAAUUGCAGAUUUUGAUACAUGGCACAAACAGCCUGCAUUAAAAUCUCCUUCGCCAUGGGAAAAACAAAUGUCAACGGUUUACACGCAUGCGGUAUUCAAAAAGUUCCAAGUUGAGGUUUUGGGCGUAGUUGGCUGCCAGCCAAGGAAAGAACAUGAAGAUGGACCAACUACUACAUUCAGAGUUCAAGACUGUGAAAAGGAUGAAUAUUUCAUGGUAGCCUGGAACGAAACGAAGUCAGAGGUUUUUUGUUCCUGUCAUUUGUUUGAGUACAAAGGUUUCCUUUGUAGACACACACUGAUUGUUCUCCAAAUGUGUGGCCUCUCAAGCAUCCCAUCUCAUUAUAUUUUGAAGAGGUGGACAAAAGAUGCAAAGAUUAGGCAAUCAAUGGUUGAAGAAACAGAGCGAGUACAGACUAGGGUGCAACGCUACAAUGAUUUAUGCAAGCGAGCCAUCGAGUUGAGCGAAGAAGGAUCAUCAUCUGAAGAAACUUAUAAUAUUGCUCUCCGCACACUUGUUGAAGCUUUGAAGAAUUGUGUGAAUGUGAAUAACUCUAAUGGUACUGUCAUAGAGUUCAGUGGUACUGUUCAUGGUAUUCGUGAAGCGGAAGAAGAGAAUCAAGGAAUCCCUACUGCAAAAGCAAUUAGGAAGAGAAAUACAAAUAGGAAAAGAAAGGUGCCGACAAAGCAAGACAGUGUACUUGUUGAAUCACAAGACAGCUUGCAGCAAAUGGAGAACUUAAGCUCAGACGGUAUAGCCCUUAAUGGAUAUUAUGGUGCCCAACAGAAUGUGCACGGACUGGUACAGUUAAACUUGAUGGAGCCACCUCAUGAAAGUUACUAUGUUAACCAGCAGAGUAUGCAAGGGCUGGGACAACUGAAUUCAAUAGCACCCAACCAUGAUGGUUUCUUCGGGGCUCAGCAAAGCAUUCAUGGGAUGGGACAGUUGGACUUCAGACCAUCAAGUAGUUUCAGUUACAGCCUGCAGGAUGAUCCGCAUCUGAGAUCUUCGCAGUUGCAUGACGAUGCUUCAAGACACUCCUAAGGAAGAAACACGUGCCAUAUAGCUGUACAGCCCUCGGAGUUGGUUAACGUUGUACUUAAACUUGUUUGGUAAUCAGAAACUAAACCCUGAAGUGGUUCCAGAUCCCUCUUUUGGCCUCGGCUCUCUUUCUGCCUCCGAGGUGCCGUGUUUAAGCCGAAAGUUUAAUUCCAUAGAGGACGGAAUGAAGGGGCUGUACUGAGGUCUGAGAUGACAUUUGCCACUUCAUUCAUCGUAACUUAGCAUCGUACUGUGCCAAAAUAGAACUACAAUGUAGUGUCAAGUGUAUUUUAGAUUCGUUCAGCGGAUCGGUAACUCGAAUGUACUAAUCAAUGCCUAGUUAGUGAAGAUAUUGAGGGUAAUGUGCUUGAGGUCUGUAAAAGUAUGUUGUGCAACGCAAAGCAGGUCCUAACUUCAUCCUCCUGAGUCGGCCGUCCGCCGCCGUGUGGAGGCAGACAGGUUCAUGUAAAUUUCUGUGAGGUAAAUGGAUGGCAAAGUACAGUUUGAAGUUA